UAUAAUGAAAUUAGAGUCACCGACACGGUGGAUUUUGGAAAUUGCUUGCGUACACGGAAAAGAAAACCAAUCCACCCCAAGGAAUAUGUAGAGUUAUAUGCUAUAGGAGUAUCCAUUCCGAAGGGCUCUAUUAGUGAAGGCAGUUGUAGAGGUCCUUGUAAAUAGGCAUCGGUGUUGAGACACCUUAACAAAGAGUGAAAGACCAAUGCAGAUAAAACACGACGACAGAGUGGCAGAAAAUAAAGUAAUGGAAGGGGGGCGUUGCGCGUGGAGGCUCAGGGGAUGGACGGGGCAUUGUAACGGUAGGGGUAGAGCAUCCGUUUCUACUCGUUGAAGACAUGGAAAUGAUGCUGAUGCGAGCGUGUUCAAUGCUAAGGAUUGGCUGCCCCAUUUUUUGUCACAAGAGACCAAACCAUUGGACGGUGUGAUUCGUUUUGGGUUUACAGUAGUCCUUCCAAGCAACGAUAGGGGUCUUGAGCUUGUGGCUCAUGGACCAGUCUCGGUGAAUGAUCAUGACGCUCGCCAAGAGGCCUCGUUCGUGAUGCUAGAGAAGCUAAUAUAUGCCACUGGUCUUGCAAUUCAUGACUAUAACUACCGCAUAAUAUGCGAUUGAAACAUGAGAGAAAUGAAGAGAAAACGAAAAUUGUGUCCUCCAUGGCGGAACGCAUUCGUCAGUUGGAGGAAGAGAAUGCGGUUCUAAAGAGGCAAGUCGAAAUGUUCGCGGAGCUUGUGGAGGAAUGAGGAUAAGUGUUAGUGUAUAAGCUCUUUUAUUUUGCCGUUUCUGGUCAUCUGGACCCCUCGUCUUCUACUUCUGGUGUGCAUUUUUCCGGAGUAACGAUAACGUGUGUGUACUAAUCUUCCCUUAAAAUAUGUAUUUUCCAUCAACGGAAGUAGUUUUAUGGAUGAUAUUGUUAGGAAGCGGGAUUGGUAUAUAAAUGCAUGUUUGAUACUCCAUUUUAUCUCACAAUUCUUGUAAAAAUGAAUCUCCAUUUCUGGGAUGAAUUGCUAGAUUAGUUAUCGGUAUUCAACAGGGCGAAGUGUUUUGUUCUUAAUUUUAAAUAAGUGUUUUGUCCGUUCUUAUUUUUGGUCGAUUCAAAUUCUGGAGCAGGUUUUGCUAUUUUGUUUGUUGCAUAUAUUCCAUAAAAAUUACUGUCUUCCUGAAAUUAUUGGUCUGCUUCCAAAUAUUCGACCCCAAAAAAUUAAACCCAAGUUUGAGAAAAUAUAUUCUUAUAUAACUUUUUUUUUUUCGUUUAACCCAGUUAACUUUAUCCCAUUUCAUCCACGACGCAAGUAGUAUGAGUUAUGGGGUCGAUCUUUAGAGUGAUUUGGGUGGGGUUUAGAUGAGGCUGUCUAAUCAUAUGCUUCAAUCAGAUCACAUCAGGUACAAAGGUCACCUUUAUGUCAUAUCGGCCUCAUAGAUCUAUGUGCAGGGCUGAAAGACCAAAGCCUUUAAGAAUUAGUUUGUCUGGGUUCGUUCCUGGAAGUUUUGCCUACAAAGUUGAAAAAUAACUACAAGCUAAUAAUAACUAGUUGGGAAUAAUAGUUUACUUGGGCCUCCAGAUUGGGCUUCCAUUUGUAGGCCCAGAUAUAGCUUCACAACCCUUCAUAUGUAUUGUGAAGGAACAAGUUUGAUAAAGUGGAAAAGCUCAUGCUUACGGUUGACCGUGUGAUACAAAGUCAUCACGUCCGAGUUGAACACCCAUGGAGCCGCAAAAGAGCGACAACAAUGACCAGCCUCCAACGCAUCCAUCGGUGCAGAAGUCGGUGUUGGACUGUGUGAGGGAGAAGGCAGCAAGAGCAACAAUGGAGGGUCUUACGGAUGAUGCUUCCUUCAUGGAUGUUGUUGCUCAGAUUCAUGAGCACAUCAUUCGAAGUGAGAGGACUACAAGGUCAGCUAUGUCAACACAGUUACAACAUUCAAUGAGGUUAACAGAGAUUGUGGCUGGCCACUCAACCAUGUUAGACAUCCUAUGGUCGAAACAUGUGGGUCGAAAGAGUUCACAGGGACUGGACAAAGGACCCAAGAGCAAAGAAGGGGUGUGUGCAUCAAAGAGGAAAGUGUGCUCUAGUGCAAGGCUGGAAAUGGUGGCUUCAAAGGCAAAAGACGUGAGACGUCUCUGCGGAGAGAAACAGAUGAAAGUCGACGUGAAGAGGUCAAAAGGGAAGUGCAAUCAUACUAAGAAAGCGGCGUCCAGAGGUGAUAAGCCCUGCCAGAAGCCAUUGAAGAGGAAGUUGGAGUUUUCCAUGGCGUCUGACAGUGAUGUGGAAGUCUCAGCUGAUUUGAUUGAGUUCGGCACACCCUAUAACAAUGGACGCAACCGAUGUGGACUGGUGCAGGGGGAAGACAUGCCCCAGGUUUUUUACCUCAUGUUCAGGCCCCCGGAUGGCAUGUUCUUCUCAAACCUUGAGCUCGCGGUUGUGUCAUAUGUUUUCGAUGCCCAUCUGGACAAAAGGUUAGUUUACUUGACAGGUACUAUUCACUAUUUGAAAAAGUGUUCAUAAAAGCUGGUGAUAAAGGUGUGUGACGUAUUUGUGGGAUGUAUGGAGGUUUUGUUUCUUAGUGAGCAUACUCAGGGGGACCGCUUUGCCUUUUGUACGCUGUGCCCAGGAGAAGAGCUAAUAGAUGAUGUUAUCAAUUUGCUUGCUACGGUUUUGACAGAUGAACGUUCUGAGCCGAGCUGGUGGCUACCUACUAGCUUUGCUCAAAUCGCUUUAAGCCCUGGUAAUUACUGCCCGGAGACCCUGGAGUUUAUCAAAACAAGAUACAUGGGCCCGGUGGAUGAUAUCACAAAGCUUGGUAGUUAUUGGCGUUAUUAUCCAAUGCAGUUAUGUACGUUGGUGGUAAGCGGGUUUUUCUCAUGUCCUUUCAUCCACAAAAUUGCAGAUUUAUAUCCCUUUACAUAAGGAUCGUCACUGGUUUCUGAUGGUCGUGGACCUUAAAGAGGAGCUACUCAUCUACUUGGAUUCUUUGAAAGACCACAGCGAGCGUGAUGCAAGGGUCGACCAGAUGACAUAUGUGGCUUUCUUCCUACAAACGAUACUCAGGGAUAGGAAAUUGUACAGCAAGUGUGACAGCGUCCCACCGACAACGUCUGCAUACAGAGUUAGGGAACCCAUCACCGGCCAACAAGACCCAACCUCGUCAGCCUCCUUGUUACCUCGCUCCGUAUCAUGUGAUUCGAACUUAUAUUACAUACUGAUAAGAGGUGAUUUUGUUUCAUGUUUUCAGUCGUGGCUGUGGCAUAUGGGUUGCGCAAUGGAUGCAACUUUCUAAUAUUUGGACCUCAUAUGACAUAGAGGGCAUCAACGACCACAACAAAAUGAGGUUAGCCUUGGACUUAAUCAUGGCAAAGUCUAACCCGACCAGAGACGAAAUUUGCAAGCUUUCUUGCAAGCAUUGGGAGGAGACACUUGAUAAUCCAGCGACAAGGGGAACACCCCAAGGAACCCAACCCCCUGCGGAGGCAUCAUCGAAUGUCAGUAGUAGCUCGAAGAGCUUAACCAUAUGACAGCAUUGGCUGCAUCGAAGCGUGAAUCCCUGCCCGAGGAUCACACUUGGUUUUGCUACCUUAACAAUUUGGGGCUGUUAUGGAAAACUUUCAGGUUUUUUUGUUCUGUUAGUCGCCGAACAUAACACUCUUUUGGUCUUGUGUGAUGGAUCCAGUUUGGACAAUUUUUUGAUUGAUUAGUUUUGUACAAACAGAUUAGGGUGGUAAGCGUUGUGUGUUGUAUUUGGCUGUGGGCAUCUCCCUCCACUAUUUGGGUUGUUGGUUUUGUGUUAAUAUCAGGGCACCCAAUAGGAUCUACAACUAAGUUUACUGUUAUGGGGACUGUUUGGU